AAUCUGUGCUAAACCUCACAACUCAAGUCUCACACUGGAGAUGAAAAUGUGGAAGAAAAAAACACCUUUUCGGAACGACAGCCGGAGACCUCUGAUAGAUAACAACAACGACAUACAAUAUGGAUUCCAGCAGCCUUGUACCAGGUUUGAACCUCCCGUGGUUCAGGACCCCCAAGAGGAACAACGCCUGCAGAGUGAAGGACCGAUCCCACUUCAGGAACUAGCUGAACUUCUACAUGUGGCCCUCGAUGAUGCAGACACCUCUAACCCCAACCGACAGCACCUCAUACAGAGAUCAGUGCACCAGCACUUCCCAAAACCCACGUCAGAUGUGGACCAGAGCCUCAGUCAGCACCUGGCCAACGUGCAGCAGACUGUGGUCGGCGAGCUGUUGAGGGUGACUCCCCGGCUGGACUGUAUGGAGUUGAUGGGAUGUCUGAUUGAUUGCUACUAUCGUCAGACAUGUGGUCACCUCAAUGAUCUACUCCCAAAUAUCCACUCCGCCAAGGAUUCCUUUGUGCUGAUGAAGUGGGUCCUAUGCACAUAUCUGAGCCAGGAGUUUCUUACUCAUCCUGACCUUCAGAAGAUAGAUCCCAUGAAAAAUGUCGACCUCCUGCUGUUCUUAGAGGUGGCAGCCAAAGUGAAGGACACACUGAUUGAAAAUGUUAAGAAACAGGUCAACGAGAACCUAGAACAAAUCCUGCAGCAUGAGAGAUACGAUAAAGAUUACGAUGAACUUCAUGUGGACACAAUUCAGUGCAUUCAUGCAAAGGCCAAAGCAGCACAAGAGAUCAGCCCGCAGCUGUGUGAUGAGGUGCAGGAGGUUUGCCUCCAAGAGCUGAUGAUAUUCCUGAACAAGUACGAUGAGAUCCUUGGACAAAAAGCACAAAUGGACAAACCCGAAAUGAAAUACUUCUUUAAGACUCUGAGGAACUGUGAAAAACUCAAGCUGUACGUCCAGACCAAAGGUGAAAGCAUCCUUCUCAACGAAGUUAUGGGAAUCCUUGAAAAGAUGGAGGCUUUUACUUUGAAACUUCUGAUGAAAAUCGUGGCCGACUUCUCAGAGAGCCACCUUCGGAAGUAUUUCAAAUCGGACAACAGGGAAUACCUCCUCUUGUGUGACGCAGUAAACACUCAUUUCAUUGAGCUGUCCGACUACAAGGAUACAGACAUACCUAAGAGAGUGAUGGGCGAGGCCUACAGGUCCAUUACUCACAUCUAUCUCAAACAUCUUAUCCAAAGCAGCCAGAGCAAACUGAAGAGGUGCUGGAAUCCCAACGUGGCAGAGACAGUCGCUGAAGACGCUAAGCUGCUCCACAACAUCAGCUCACAUCUGGCUCCUAGUGUUGGACAGUGGAACCUCAUGCUGCUGAAAGUCACAGAGCUCUUGGAGUGCAACAGCAUUGAUUCGAUGAAGCUGAUAGCUGCAGGCAUGCUGAGGGAAUGUCAGAGCGAAGACCUGGAGCUGCUGCCUGAAAUCCUGCAAUGGAAGGGCCUUUCCAAACAGGGGGUCAGAGAGGUGCUAUACACAUGGAAGACAGCAGAUGUGACGAUCAGAGCAGAGAGCAGACAGGGAGAAAGAGGGACGGGCAGAGCGAUGGUCUAUGUGGACAUGGAUCACCUGUUGGUGCUGGUGCUGAUGCUGUGGAGCUCUGGUUCAGAAACUGUCAGGUUGGUGGGAGGAGACAGCCGCUGUGCAGGAACACUGGAGCUGAAACAUAAAGGAGAAUGGAGACCAGUGAGUUACUCUGUCUGGACCCUGAAGACAGCAGCUGUUGCGUGCAGAGAGCUGGACUGUGGCUCUGCUGUUUCUGUAGGAAUGACAGAGGAGUCCUCAGACAGAUCUGUGUGGAGGAUCAGGUCUGAAUGUGUUCAGUCUCGAUCUGCUCUGAAAGAGUGUGUAAUACCGAUACCUGUCUCUUCCUCCUUCCUGGAUCUCACCUGUUCAGACUCUGUCAGGCUGGUGAAUGGGACCAGUGUGUGCUCAGGCAGACUGGAGGUGAAGUCUGACCAGUCUAACCAGAGCUGGUCCUCAGUGUGUGAAGAUGACUUUGACCAGCAAGAUGCAGAGGUGGUCUGUAGGGAGCUUGGCUGUGGGGCUCCUUCAGUCCUCCAGGGGGCGCUCUAUGGAGAAGUGGAGGCUCCAAUGUGGACCAAAGAGUUCCAGUGUGGAGGAAAUGAGUCCUCUCUACUGGACUGUAGAAGCUCAGACUCAAAUAGAAACACCUGCUCACCUGGCAGAGCUGUUGGACUCACCUGCUCAGAGUCUGUUAGGUUGGUGGGAGGAGACAGUCGCUGUGCAGGAACACUGGAGGUGAAACAUGAAGGAGAAUGGAGACCAGUGAGGGAUCGUUACCCUCCCUGGACCCUGACGACAGCAGCUGUUGCCUGCAGAGACCUGGACUGUGGCUCUGCUGUUUCUGUAGGAGAGAGAAAUGAGUCCUCAGAGAGAUCUGUGUGGACGAUCAGUUCUCACUGUGUUCAGUUUGGAUCUGCUCUGAGAGAGUGUGCAACAUCAUUUUCCUCUUCCUCCUUCCUGGAUCUCACCUGUUCAGACUCUGUCAGGCUGGUGAAUGGGACCAGUAUGUGCUCAGGCAGACUGGAGGUAAAGUCUGACCAGCCUAACCAGAGCUGGUCCUCAGUGUGUGAAGAUGACUUUGACCAGCAGGAUGCAGAGGUGGUCUGUAGGGAGCUUGGCUGUGGGGCUCCUUCAGUCCUCCAGGGGGCGCUCUAUGGAGAAGUGGAGGCUCCAAUGUGGACCAAAGAGUUCCAGUGUGGAGAAAAUGAGUCUGCUCUCUUGGACUGUAGAAGCUCAGACUCAGAUAGAAACACCUGCUCACCUGGCAGAGCUGUUGGACUCACCUGCUCAGAGCCUGUCAGGUUGGUGGGAGGAGACAGUCGUUGUGCAGGAACACUGGAGGUGAAACAUGAAGGAGAAUGGAGACCAGUAAGGGAUGAUCGUCACCCUCCCUGGACCCUGAAGACAGCAGCUGUUGCCUGCAGAGAGCUGGACUGUGGCUCUGCUGUUUCUGUAGGAAAGAGAGAUGAGUCCUCAGAGAGAUCUGUGUGGAUGAUCAGGUCUGACUGUGUUCAGCCUGGAUCUGCUCUGAGAGAGUGUGCAGCAUCAGAUUCCUCUUACUCCUUCCUGGAUCUCACCUGUUCAGACUCUGUCAGGCUGGUGAAUGGAACCAGUCUGUGCUCAGGCAGAUUGGAGGUGAAGUCUGACCAGUCCAACCAGAGCUGGUCCUCAGUGUGUGAAGAUGACUUUGACCAGCAGGAUGCAGAGGUGGUCUGCAGGGAGCUUGGCUGUGGGGCUCCUUCAGUCCUCCAGGGGGCGCUCUAUGGAGAAGUGGAGGCUCCAAUGUUGACCAAAGCAUUCCAGUGUAACGGAAAUGAGUCUGCUCUCUUGGACUGUAGAAGCUCAGACUCAGAUAGAAACACCUGCUCACCUGGCAGAGCUGUUGGACUCACCUGCUCAGAGUCUGUUAGGUUGGUGGGAGGAGACAGUCGCUGUGCAGGAACACUGGAGGUGAAACAUGAAGGAGAAUGGAGACCAGUGAAUGAUGACUAUAUCGCUGUCUGGACCCUGAAGACAGCAGCUGUUGCCUGCAUAGAGCUGGACUGUGGCUCUGCUGUUUCUUUAGGAGAGAGAGAGGAGUCCUCAGAGAGAUCUGUGUGGAGGAUCAGGUCUGACUGUGUUCAGUCUGGAUCUGUUCUGAGAGAGUGUGCAACAUCAGAUUCCUCUUCCGAAUUCUUCCUGGAUCUCACCUGUUCGGACUCUGUCAGGCUGGUGAAUGGGACCAGUGUGUGCUCAGGCAGACUGGAGGUAAAGUCUGACCAGUCUAACCAGAGCUGGUCCUCAGUGUGUGAAGAUGACUUUGACCAGCAGGAUGCAGAGGUGGUCUGUAGGGAGCUUGGCUGUGGGGCUCCUUCAGUCCUCCAGGGGGCGCUCUAUGGAGAAGUGGAGGCUCCAAUGUGGACCAAAGAGUUCCAGUGUGGAGAAAAUGAGUCUGCUCUCUUGGACUGUAGAAGCUCAGACUCAGAUAGAAACACCUGCUCACCUGGCAGAGCUGUUGGACUCACCUGCUCAGAGCCUGUCAGGUUGGUGGGAGGAGACAGUCGUUGUGCAGGAACACUGGAGGUGAAACAUGAAGGAGAAUGGAGACCAGUGAGUGAUGAUCGUCUCCCUCCCUGGACCCUGAAGACAGCAGCUAUUGCCUGCAGAGAGCUGGACUGCGGCUCUGCUGUUUCUGUAGGAGAGAGAGAGGAGUCCUCAGAGAGAUCUGUGUGGGAGAUCAGUUCUCACUGUGUUCAGUCUGGAUCUGUUCUGAGAGAGUGUGCAACAUCAGAUUCCUCUUCCUUCUUCCUGGAUCUCACCUGUUCGGACUCUGUCAGGCUGUUGAAUGGAACCAGUAUGUGCUCAGGCAGACUGGAAGUGAAGUCUGACCAGUCUAACCAAAGCUGGUCCUCAGUGUGUGAAGAUGACUUUGACCAGCAGGAUGCAGAGGUGGUCUGCAGGGAGCUUGGCUGUGGGGAUCCUUCAGUCCUCCAGGGGGCGCUCUAUGGGGAAGUGGAAGCUCCAAUGUGGACAAAAAAGUUCCAGUGUGUAGGAAAUGAGUCCUCUCUCCUGGACUGUAGAAGCUCAGACUCAGAUAGAAACAUCUGCUUACCUGGCAGAGCCGUUGGACUCACCUGCUCAGAGUCUGUCAGAUUGGUGGGAGGAGACAGUCGCUGUGCAGGAACACUGGAGGUGAAACAUGGAGGAGAAUGGAGACCAGUGAGUGAUGGUCCUCACCCUCCCUGGACCCUGAAGACAGCAGCUGUUGCCUGCAGAGAGCUGGACUGUGGCUCUGCUGUUUCUGUAGGAGAGAGAGAGGAGUCCUCAGAGAGAUCUGUGUGGAAGAUCAGUUCUGACUGUGUUCAAUCUGGAUCUGCUCUGAGAGAGUGUGCAGCAUCAGAUUCCUCUCCCUUCUUACUGGAUCUCACCUGUUCAGCCUAUGUCAGGCUGGUGAAUGGGACCACUGUGUGCUCAGGCAGACUGGAGGUAAAGUCUGACCAGUCUAACCAGAGCUGGUCCUCAGUGUGUGAAGAUGACUUUGACCAGCAAGAUGCAGAGGUGAUCUGUAGGGAGCUUGGCUGUGGGGCUCCUUCAGUCCUCCAGGGGGCGCUCUAUGGAGAAGUGGAGGCUCCAAUGUGGACCAAAGAGUUCCAAUGUGGAGGAAAUGAGUCCUCUCUCCUGGACUGUAGAAGCUCAGACUCAGAUAGAAACAUCUGCUCACCUGGCAGAGCUGUUGGACUCACCUGCUCAGAGUCUGUCAGGUUGGUGGGAGGAGACAGUCGCUGUGCAGGAACACUGGAGGUGAAACAUGAAGGAGAAUGGAGACCAGUGAGUGAUGAUCGUUUCCCUCCCUGGACCCUGAAGACAGCAGCUGUUGUCUGCAGGGAGCUGGACUGUGGCUCUGCUGUUUCUGUAGGAGAGAGAGAGGAGUCCUCAGAGAGAUCUGUAUGGAAGAUCAGUUCUGACUGUGUUCACUCUGGAUCUGCUCUGAGAGAGUGUGCAGCAUCAUUUUCCUCUUACUCCUUCCUGGAUCUCACCUGUUCAGACUCUGUCAGGCUGGUGAAUGGGACCAGUAUGUGCUCAGGCAGACUGGAGGUAAAGUCUGACCAGUCUAACCAGAGCUGGUCCUCAGUGUGUGAAGAUGACUUUGACCAGCAGGAUGCAGAGGUGGUCUGCAGGGAGCUUGGCUGUGGGGCUCCUUCAGUCCUCCAGGGGGCGCUCUAUGGAGAAGUGGAGGCUCCAAUGUGGACCAAAGAGUUCCAGUGUGGAGGAGAUGAGUCUUCUCUCCUGGACUGUAGAAGCUCAGACUCAGAUAGAAACAUCUGCUCACCUGGCAGAGCUGUUGGACUCACCUGCUCAGAGCCUGUCAAGUUGGUGGGAGGAGACAGUCGUUGUGCAGGAACACUGGAGGUGAAACAUGAAGGAGAAUGGAGACCAGUGAGUGAUGAUGGUGUUUUAUCUGACUGGACCCUGAAGACAGCAGCUAUUGUCUGCAGAGAGCUGGACUGUGGCUGUGCUGUUUCUGUAGGAAAGAGAGAGGAGUCCUCAGAGAGUUCUGUGUGGAAGAUCAGUUCUUACUGUGUUCAGUCUGGAUCUGUUCUGAGAGAGUGUGCAACAUCAGAUUCCUCUUCCUUCUUCCUGGAUCUCACCUGUUCGGACCUGCUGCUUCAGCCCAACAUCUCUGUUUCCUCCUCUAAGAAUGGGGUCUCCGAGGCCCAGCAGCAGGGGCUUCAGGUGUUCAGGGGCUCCAACUUCACCAUCAGCUGCUCCAUCCAGGCCCAGUACCCAGGAGGCUCUUUCCAGCUCACCUUCAGCUCCUCCAACUCAGCACAGAACUUCACUCAGCCAGCUGUCUAUCAUUCUGCACACUUCCUGUUUCCUGCCGCAGAGCCCGCCCACCAAGGAAGCUACAGCUGUGUUUAUCAUGUCCAUGUUUUCUCUCAUGACUUCUCCUCUGAGAGCCGUCAGCUCUCUCUCACUGUUUUAGAUCCAAGACCUUUUGUCAUCAGAGCGGUCGUACUGCCGCUGAUUCUGCUGUUGGCAAUCGCCUCUUACUUCUAUUUUAAGACCUACAGGGUCUACAGGGUACAGAAGCCGGGCAGACAGGAGAACAUAGAGCUGGAUUAUUAUAACCUGGGUGUUCCUGCAGCUGAUGGAGGGCCGACUGAAGAGGAAGGAGCUCAGGGAGCAGAGUAGCCCCUCCAAGCAUCAAGUUCUCAAUCAGGAUUUGUUAUAUUACAUUAUAUAGUAAAUUUAUCUUACUGCCGACAACAAAACAGCAAGCAGCCGGCACAAUUCAGACCAAAAACACACCGACCCAGGCCCAUCAGGAACAAUGUCCGCAGAAUAAUAAUAUAUAUUAGUUUAAAACAAAUGAGAAACAUUGCAAAAUAACUGCUAAAUUCUGUAUUGUAAUAUCUGAUGUGUGAAUCAUAUUUGGGGACAUGUGGACAGUCGAGUCCUGAGAUAACAGGAGAAAGAUGUUACAGAGCCACCUACUGUUGGAUCUGUAGACCUGCAGCACAUCCAAGGUUGGUGAACCACAUCUGGAGCCACGGCGAGGAUAUGUUGGUGUUUGUGAUAAAACCAUAAUUUAAAAAAACAUCAUGUAGCUGACAAACAAAGUCAAAUAUGUUCCAUCUUGUCAGCCAGAUAUGAGCUUUAUGACUUCACUUUAUGUGUCAGUAUACUGUUGUGAGCAAGAGCUUGGCAGCAGGAUUACAUUUAGCUAAAAAAUAAAUACAAUUAUUUUAAAACCAAAAGGCAUUAGAGGUCAUUUUAUGAGAAUUUCAUUUAAGCUUGAACUGAAGGUUUACCUUCUUUUUUAAAAUUAUUAUCAUAAAGGCUUUUACUUAUUUCAUGAGCUGAUUUUUUUGUACUUCAGGAAUUUA